AAUUCCUAUAGUUAACACCCACCCGGUCGGUAAAGAUUUGCUCUGACCAACUAAAAUACAACCGCUGACCGCUUGAAACAAGCCGGUGAAAUUUUCAAGAUGGCGUCGAUGGCGGGAAUAUCGGACAUUUAUCGCAAUGUUUUAGGAAGUGAUUUGUCUCAGUGCGUGGAAAACUCAAAAGUCCUGGUGGUUGGAGCAGGUGGUAUUGGAUGUGAGCUUCUAAAGAAUUUGGUUUUAACCGGUUUCAAGGACAUUGAAGUAAUUGACCUGGACACCAUUGAUGUUAGCAACUUGAAUCGUCAGUUUUUAUUUCAGAAGAGACAUGUGGGAAAGUCCAAAGCACAGGUCUCACGUGAGAGUGCACUGCGAUUCAAUCCUGAUGCAAACAUCAAAGCUCACCAUGAUAACAUCAUGAGCCCAGAGUAUAAUGUGGAGUAUUAUAAGCAGUUCAAUGUGGUGAUGAAUGCUCUGGACAACAGAGCUGCCAGAAACCAUGUCAAUAGAAUGUGUCUGGCAGCAGACGUGCCACUGGUGGAAAGUGGUACUGCUGGCUAUCUUGGACAGGCCACUGUUAUUAAAAAGGGUGUGACAGAGUGUUACGAGUGCCAGCCCAAACCAACCCAGAAAACAUUUCCUGGCUGCACCAUCAGAAAUACUCCUUCAGAACCUAUACACUGUAUUGUCUGGGCAAAACAUCUUUUCAACCAACUGUUCGGCGAGGCUGAUGCAGAUGAAGAGGUGUCUCCUGAUACAGAGGAUCCAGAGGCUGUUGGAGGGGCUGGAGAAAAGGCAGUGCAGAAUCAAGAGAAAGAGAAUGCUGCUGGAGGUAUUGAGAGAGCAUCAACAAGAACAUGGGCAGAGGAGAUAGGAUAUGAUCCUGUUAAAUUGUUCAAUAAAUUGUUCAGUGAAGACAUAAAGUACCUUUUAUCAAUGGAUAAGCUUUGGAGAAAGAGGAAACCUCCUGUGCCACUUGACUGGGAAAGUAUUCAAAAAGCAUGUAAUAAUGAAGAAAAAGAGGCAGAUAAUGGUUUGCAGGACCAAAGAGUAUGGAGCCCAGAGGAGUGUGCUGACAUCUUCAGCCAAAGCAUUGAUAUUCUAAAGCAACAGUUACUAGCAAGAGGAGAAGAUCUUGUCUGGGAUAAGGAUGACCCGGCUUCAAUGGACUUUGUAACGAGCGCGGCAAAUAUCAGAGCGCACAUUUUUAGUAUAGCCAUGAGGAGUCGCUUUGAUGUAAAAGCCAUGGCAGGUAAUAUUAUUCCAGCCAUUGCCACAACAAAUGCGAUAAUUUCAGGGGUGAUAGUCAUGCAGGCUCUAAACAUCCUGAAUGGGAAGCUGGACAAAUGUAGAACGAUCUAUCUUAACCGACAACCGAAUCCAAGGAAGAGAUUAUUAGUGCCUUGUAGCCUGGUUCCUCCAAACCCCAAGUGCUACGUCUGUGCUGCCAAACCCGAGGUGACUGUUUUUGUAAACACAGAAACUCUCACAGUCAAGACGUUAGAAGAAAAGAUACUUAAGGAAAGAUUUGGAAUGGUGGCCCCCGAUGUCGAAAUAGAGGACGGCAAAGGCAGCAUAUUAAUAUCAAGCGAAGAGGGAGAAACGGACGAAAAUUUACCAAAGACGUUAAGUGAGUUCCACGUUGGUAACAGCUCGAGAUUAACAGCGGACGACUUCCUUCAAAACUACCAGCUUGUCCUCAAUAUUCAACACAGAGAUAAUUUAGAGAGCGAUUUAGAGUUUGAGGUGGAAGGUGAUGUGCCGGCCCCCAUACCUCUUAGUCCGAAGCCCGGCCCGUCAACGGAACCAGAAGAAACAGAAAACCAAGCUGCGACGGGCGGGAACGAAGAGGAAUUGAUGGUAGUUGAUGAACCAGCGCCGUCUCGAAAGAGGAAAGCCAAUGAUUCCGAAGAUCAACAAGACUUGAAGAACGCAAAAAGAGCAAGGGUGUCUAAUGCUCCUGUGGACGAAGACGAGGACGAUGUUAUUGUUCUUUGAGAAUGGAGGUUCCUUUGACAAGAUAGAGACUUGCAAUUUAAUGAGAGAGAUUCGUAACGAAGACAACACUACGGGGAACGCCGAAGAUACAAACUGAGAAUUAUGCCGAAGUUCUUUUCUUUUUUUUUUUCUCUGCCACUGUACUUCGGUAAAUUUUCUUCGUCUACUCUGUCCCAGGGCCCCGUAUUUUCCGGUACUCGAUGAGAGAGAGAGAGAGAGAGAGAGAGAGAGAGAGAGAGGAAGAGAAAGUGCUCGCUCUGAGAUCGGAAUGACUAACAAAGAAUGUCAGUUAAGCCAGACAUUCCCUUCAGUAUUUUGUUAAGCCUAAAAAUAACUCUAGUUGACAUUCUUAACAGUUCUGUUUUAGCCGUAGAGAAUUCUAGCACUGUGUUACGAUGGAUGGUUGUUUUAUCGUAGCAGUGUAGUAGAACUCUCUCUUUUGAUGACCUAUCGCACUGCUCCUCUUUUUUAGCCGAAUGUUUUCAAACAUUACAUUUUCAGCAUUUUAAUACUUCCUUGAGUGGCCAGACCUAUCCGGCGAUCACCAAAUUAGGUCGCUUUGGGGCUGCUUACUAGAAGUGUACCACAUUUUAAAGACAAGUCAUUCGGUACGGACUGAAUCGUGGCGUAAUGUCGUGUUCGCAUGUCAGGUGCACACUCUGCCUUACUUGAAGUUUAUAUAAUUGCUGCGCAGGAAGCUACAUUGUGUAGCAACGGCAAGAGUAAAGGGAAAGUUAGCCGGAAAGUCCGUUUUCUAGAAUAGCCUUGUUCCAUGGUAAAACUAGAAGCUAAGCACCACUUUAUACUUUGCGCGCUUUCUUCGUAGCUAGGCGAACAGUGAAAACCAUGAUCACCGGGAAAUGACCGUGCGAGCACUAAAAGACUGGGACGACUCGCCAUGGACAUAACGCCGCGAUAACGUAUUUUAAGGUGGCUCCCUAGAAUAUUUACUAACACCCUCCCUAUAGAGCGCGAGUUAGAAA